AUGGCUAAGUUUUCUAUACUAGAUCUGUGCCCAGAUCUUGUCGAUGAGCCUUCACCGAAUUCGCGUGAGAAGCUAGAAACUGUAGGUCCAGUUAUGCCGAAAACCACUGUCAGUAAUGUCGGCGACAACUACACUGAUGAUGGCAUCGAGGAAGGUCCUUCAGAGCGUAGUGAGAGCUCCAACGACAGCAGCAAGAACUCCACCAGGAACGCUAAGCCACCAUUCUCAUACAACGCUCUUAUCAUGAUGGCGAUUAAAAGCAGCAGUGAAAAACGUCUGACACUAUCGGGGAUUUACGACUUCAUUAUGACCAAUUAUCCCUUUUAUCGAGAGAAUAAACAAGGCUGGCAGAAUUCCAUUCGCCACAAUUUAUCAUUGAACAAGUGCUUUGUGAAAGUACCACGAAGUUUCGAUGAUCCUGGGAAAGGAAACUACUGGAUGUUGGAUGCAUCAUGCGAAGAUGAGGUAUUCAUUGGUGGCGCUACUGGCAAGUUGCGACCUGAAGCCUUAAACGCAUCCCCUUUCAAUUUGGGAAAUAUUGAUGAAGUACCAGUUCCCUUUGAUAUCGUCCAUGAACGGACAGUUGAUGUGAAGGGACGAGAGAACAUCAAAAUUGAUUCUACCGGCCAUGAGAAAUCUAAUUUUACUAAUGUAUUGGGAGUGACUGCUGCUGGAGAGAAACUUAAACCAAUGAUAAUUUUCAAGAAGAAGUUAAUGCCAAAAGGACAAUUUCCUCCAGAUGUCAUUGUGAAAACAAAUGAAAAAGGUUGGAUGAAUCAGGAAUUGUUAAAAGAAUGGAUCGUUGAAGUAUGGAACAAGAGAGAAAAUCACAAUUCCGACCCUGACCGCUCUUUGCUGAUAUUUGAUUCUGCUCGUUGCCACGUAACUGAUGAAGUGCAACAAGUUUGGCAACAAUACAGCAAAAUAGCCGUAAUACCAGGAGGUUUGACUAAAAUAUUGCAACCCUUAGACAUCGGCAUCAACAAACCGUUUAAAGACCACUUGAAAGCUGGCUGGGAAAAAUGGAUGACAGAUGAAACCAAAGCAACUUACACAAAAAGUGGAAUAAGGAAACGGAUGAGCUACGAAGAAGCUGCAUUUCUAGUUAGCGAAAGUUUCCAUUUCAUCUCAUGUGAUGUUAUUCAACAUAGUUUUGAAAAAGCAUUGUGUGACUUGGAAAAUCUCAAAAACGAUUUUGCCAUGAUGAAUAUAAAGGAUUAUGACGAAGUAGAAAUUGAAAAAGUUUAG